AUGAGCGCCAUAACCAGCAAGCAAGAGAGUGAGACCACGGUCUCUCAGGAACGGAAGACCGUUGACGACAAAGACAUAGAGCUGAGUACCAAUGUCAGCGUCGAGCCUCUCACCAACAUCGGGAGACCUGUUCUCCCCGAAACGGAUCUCGAUAGAGGCAUCGUUGGUUGGGACAGCCAAGAUGACCCUUCGAUGCCCUUCAACUUCUCCCCGGGUCGCAAAAGGGCUAUCCUUGCUCAAAUCUCAGCAAUCACGUUUGUUUCCCCGCUGGCGACCACGGUUUUUGCACCGGGAGCCUCCUUCAUGGAUACCGAGUUCCACAAUAGCGACGCCCUUCUGUCAAGCUUAACAAGUUCAGUCUAUAUCCUUGGAUAUGUCAUCGGUCCCUUAUUCCUAGCACCUGCGAGCGAACUUUGGGGUCGCCGGCCCGUCCUUUCGCUCGCAAACUGGUCAUUUGUGAUCUGGCAGGUCUGCUGUGCGGUCUCGCCGAACAUUGGAUCAUUGAUAGCCUUUCGAUUUCUUGCCGGAAUUGGCGGUGCUGGGGCCAUGACUUUGAAUGGCGGGGUAACAGCAGACUUGUUCAUCCCAGAAGAGCGCGGGACUGCCAAUGCUCUGGCCGCUCUUGGCGUCAUAUUUGGUCCUAUCGUUGGUCCACUGCUUGGGGGUUUCAUUGCCCAAAGGGUUGGCUGGAGAUGGAUCUUUGGGUGCUUUCUUAUCUUCAAUAAAGAAAGCUACGCUCCGGUUCUGAUUACGAGGAAGACCGCCAGAUUAUCGAAGGAGCUUGCUCGCCCAGACCUCCGAUCUUGCUACGAUGACGAGGAGACUCCAGAUACCACAUUUAAGAAGCUUCAACAGGGUUUCACACGUCCACUUCGAAUGCUCUUCCUCUCUCCAAUCAUCGGGCUAUUCUGCGCAUACGUUUCUUUGAUAUACGGAUGUCUCUACCUCCUUCUCACAACAAUCCCUUCAGUAUACGCAAAUACAUAUCACUGGUCACCCGAGCUCACUGGUCUUGCGUCUCUCGGCAUUGGGCUAGGUUUUUUCCUUGGUUUAGUGGUGAUCGGUUCAACGAGCGACAGAUUGAUCAUCAAAUUGACCAAAGAGAACAAUGGGAUCUAUGAACCUGAAAUGCGGCUCCCACCAAUGUCGGUUGAUAAAGGAGUUCACUGGAUCGUCCCAAUUGUCGCCCUUGUACCUUUUGGAUUUGGUAUGCUAGGCAUCCUUUAUCCGGUCCAGAUGUAUCUUAUCGAUGCCUUCCCAAUCCACGCGGCAUCAGCAAUGGCAGCUCUUACUGUUUCCCGAUCAUUGGUCGGUGCACUCCUACCACUUGCUGCCCCCAAAAUGUACAAGUCACUAGGCCUUGGGUGGGGGAAUUCAUUGCUGGGUUUCAUUGCUUUGGCAAUUGUCCCAUUGCCUUACUACUUUUGGAAUUUCGGCGGCGCGAUAAGAAAGAAGUAUGUGAUUAAGUUGUGA